ACUUUCCCUGCCCGCCGCACGCACGCACGCACGCCAAGUGAACACCAGCGUCUCCGCAAGGAGCCCCUCUUCCGGCUAGGAAUUUAGUCGAACACCAGCCCCGCCGGCGCCGGCGCAGCCAUGCUCCUCACGAAGCCCCACCUCUCCUCCUCCCUGCUCGCAUCCACGGCGCUCUCUAACCGCACCUCCAGCCGGAACCGCGUCGAGCCAAACGCCGCCUCCCCCUCCUCCCGCCGCCGCCUCCGCAUCUCCGCCACAUCCACGGCUGUUUCGCCGGCGGCGACAGCGCUGAGCCGCGUCGAUGUGCUCUCGGAGGCGCUCCCCUUCAUCCAGCGCUUCAAGGGCAAGACGGUGGUGGUGAAGUACGGCGGCGCCGCGAUGAAGUCCCCCGAGCUCCAGUCGUCCGUGAUCCGCGACCUCGUCCUCCUCUCCUGCGUCGGCCUCCGCCCCAUCCUCGUCCACGGCGGCGGCCCCGAGAUCAACUCCUGGCUGCUCCGCGUCGGCGUCGAGCCGCAGUUCCGCAACGGCCUCCGCGUGACCGACGCGCUCACCAUGGAGGUCGUCGAGAUGGUGCUCGUCGGCAAGGUCAACAAGAAUCUCGUCUCCCUAAUCAACCUAGCAGGCGGCACCGCUGUCGGACUCUGCGGAAAGGACGCGCGCCUCAUUACGGCGCGCCCCUCCCUCAACGCCGCAGCCCUCGGAUUCGUUGGCGAAGUCGCGCGCGUGGACGCCACGGUCCUCCAUCCCAUCAUCGCCUCUGGUCACAUCCCGGUCAUCGCCACUGUUGCCGCCGAUGAGACCGGGCAGGCCUACAACAUCAACGCCGAUACGGCAGCAGGAGAGAUUGCAGCUGCGGUGGGCGCCGAGAAGUUGCUGCUCCUAACUGAUGUCUCAGGAAUACUGGAGGACCGUAAUGAUCCCGGGAGCCUGGUGAAGGAGAUCGAUAUUGCUGGAGUGCGUCAGAUGGUAUCCGAUGGGAAGGUAGCCGGUGGAAUGAUCCCAAAGGUGGAGUGCUGCGUGCGAGCCCUUGCUCAGGGCGUGCACACUGCGAGCAUCAUCGAUGGGCGUGUCCCGCACUCACUGCUGCUCGAGAUUCUCACAGACGAGGGCACUGGCACCAUGAUCACUGGCUAAGCUUGUCGAUGCCUUUCAUGAUUCUUGUAUUUUGUAAGCGCCAGUCCAGGUGCAGAACUAAGUGCACUGUGAUGAACUGAACUGUGAAACCAAGUGGAUGGAGGAAAGGACUUUGAUUUGGCACCGCAACUUCAAGGGUCAAUUAUGCUAGCCACGAGGAUGGGGGAAACUGAGAUAGCUGAGCCUGGUUUACUUUGCAGGCAACAUUUCUUCUCUUUCCCUUCGACCACUAUGGCAUGGGCAUAGUAAACUCCACUCACAUCUCAAGGAACGGUGCCUUUUGUUUUCUUCAGUAUUUAAGUACUGCAUUUGUGGGUACUCUUCUGCGCUGCUACAUUGUUCAAUUUGUCGGAUAAGAGGAAAGCUCUAUUCUCUGUGCUAGUCCUUGCAGAAUCUAUUCCCCACUACGGUGCGCAUUUUCCUUAUCUCGUGAGACUGAAUAUUGGUACGGGUACUUUACUGCUCUGUUUAUCAUCUGUCGUAUUGUCGUCAGUAGAGCACUUGAGUUCCUGCGCUGUUCCGUGUGGUACUCAAAACGGUUACUGCUACAAUGUAACGGUAUAAAUUGUGAUCUAAGGAGCAUUUUGAGCUUGA